AUAUUGUCCAUGAAGAUAGAUUGGAGGAACUUAGAAGCACUUCCUUUAAGUAUAAUUUUUGAUAAGUUAGUAGAACGUAUAGAUCACAUCUAUUUCAGCGCCGUAUGCAAGAAUUGGUAUUCCAUUGCAAAGUUUAAUUAUCAAAAUCAACAAAUACAUAAUAAUGUAUUGCCCAUGCUUAUGGUUCCCACAAAAGGAUGCAGAAAGAAGCGAAGUUUAUAUGGGAUUUCAUUAAAAAAAAAUUAUAACUUCAUACUACCAGUACCUUGUAAAAAAAGGUUUUGUGGUUCAAGUCAUGGUUGGCUGGCCAAGGUGGAUUAUAGUUCUAAAGUUACCCUUAUAACGCUCAUCAAUCCUUUUAAAGAUGCGGUUUCCAUCACUUUACCACCCAUCUGUUUCAUGGAUAGGUAUAGAAGAAGUGUUCAUUCUGAAUAUGAUGUGCAUAAGGUUGUUUUAUCUACUAAUCCUAUAUUUAAGCCACACGAUUAUGUAGUUGUGGCCAUUUAUAGUAUGCGUCAAUGUCUUGCAUUCCUAAAAGCUGGACAAAAAACAUGGAUUUAUAUAGAUGAUAUUCAUCGUCUCUUCAACGAUGUUAUAUUCUACAAAGGUUUAGUCUAUGCCGUGGGACUAUUGAAUAACAUUGUCUCGUUUGAUUUAUCUUAUUUAAAGGAUGAAAAGGUGAUUCCUAAAGUUGUUUCUUUGGAGGGGGAUGAUUAUGCUGAUCGGGUUUAUCUUGUAAAAUCAUUGGAGGGAGACUUAUGGCUCGUUAGAAAAUUUAUUGAUUUUCCCGAAGGUGAAGAUAAUAUUGAUCCUAGUAGAGGUACAAAAAGAUUCGAAGUAUAUAAUUUAGAAUUGGAUUUUCAAACGGGUGAACUUAUACAAAUGUUACAAAUUGAUAGUUUGGGAGAUAAUGUUUUAUUUGUUGGUGAUAGUGAUUCUGUUGCUGUAUCAGCUUCAUAUUUCUCUAAUUAUCUUCAAAAAGAUUCAAUUUAUUAUACAGAUGAUUUUUACGGAGAUACACUGCCAUAUCCUAAUGGAGCGUUUGAUAUGAAAAUCUACAAUGUAAAAGAGAAAAAGUUUAGACAACACUGCCCUUAUUACCAUUGGUUUAAAGGAAUGCCACCUGCAGUAUGGGUUAUUCCACCAUUUCAAUGGGAUUGA